AUGAAUAUUUUUCAAGAUCUGCUAACAAGCACAUGGGCAUUUCUCCAAGCAUACGGAUGGAUUACAGUUUUUAUUACGAUUCUGGCGUACGUUAUAUACAACAAAUAUAUUUACGACUUUCUCAACACUAGAGAAGAAAAUAGAAAGUUAAUUGAGCAAAAAAAAUUUGACUGCCAAGUUCAAGACAAAGAACAAGAAAGGAUUCGACUAGCAAGAGAAAGACAACAGGAAGAUCAUGAUAGAAAAGAAAAGGAAGCAAGAAUCAAGCGUGAAGUCAAAGAAAAAGAAGAUGCUGAGAAAAGACUGAGAGAGUUGAAAGAGCAGGACACGACUUGCAAUGUUCUCGGGCAUGCUUCGUCUGCACAUUCACCAAUAAUUUCUGGUUUGAACUCUACAGACAGAAAAAAUCAACACGCUAUCGACAUUGUCGAAUCUUUGCCUGGAACUUGUGAUGUCACUGUUUUUGGAUACAGUACUUGUCCAAAUUUCAGAAAAGUCUGUCAACUCAUAUCAACAUAUCGGCUCGAUGUCUCGCAUUUCCAGGUCUUCGAAUUUGAUAAACAAAAAGAUUGGCCAAUGGAAAAAGUUUUCGAGUUAAUAAAAUCUCGAUUUGGGGAAAAAUUAGCUCCCUAUGUUUUUGUUUGUGGAGAAUUUAUUGGCGGCCUCGAGGAGGCGAGAACUUUCGAUCGAAACCAUGGAUUCAGUCAGUUCAAGUAA